CCCAAACGGAGGCUAAAUAACUCCCCCAAAUCCACGAAAUGAACACAACAUGGCAAAUUAGGGCUAAAUUCUGAGUGUCUCCCCCUCUCUCUGUAUCUUGCGACACUGGCAAGGCAGUGAAUCCGACAAUUUUCCCGAUCAGUUCUCUUGCGAGUCCGGUCGUCCACCAAAGUUUAGUUCUAGCUUCUAGCUUCCAGUUUAGGGAAUCUUGUUGAGGUCUUGUAUCAACCAUGAUUUACACAGCAAUCGACACCUUUUAUCUAACGGAUGAGCAGCUACAAAAUUCACCUUCUAGGAAAGAUGGCAUAGAUGAAGCAACUGAAACAACUCUCAGAAUCUAUGGUUGCGACCUCAUCCAAGAAAGUGGCAUUUUACUUAAACUACCUCAAGCAGUAAUGGCUACUGGUCAGGUUCUAUUUCAUCGAUUCUACUGCAAGAAAUCAUUUGCUCGUUUUAACGUGAAGAGAGUUGCUGCUAGUUGUGUUUGGCUUGCAUCAAAACUUGAGGAAAGUCCUAGAAAAGCAAGGCAGGUACUCAUUGUUUUCCACAGAAUGGAAUGUAGGAGGGAGAACUUACCAAUAGAACAUUUGGACACAUUUCCUAAGAAAUAUGCAGAGUUGAAAAUGGACCUGAAUAGAACAGAGAGGCAUCUUCUGAAGGAGAUGGGUUUCAUCUGCCAUGUCGAACAUCCUCAUAAAUUUAUAUCAAACUACCUUGCAGCCCUUGAGACACCCCCAGAACUGAGACAAGAAUCUUGGAAUCUUGCAAAUGACAGUUUGCGUACGACUUUGUGUGUGCGGUUCAAGAGUGAGGUUGUGGCCUGUGGGGUUGUAUAUGCUGCUGCUCGUAGAUUCCAAGUACCCCUUCCUGAGAAUCCACCGUGGUGGAAAGCAUUUGAUGCAGAUAAAUCUGGGAUUGAUGAGGUUUGUAGAGUUCUCGCCCAUCUUUACAGCCUUCCUAAGGCAAAAUAUAUACCUGUCUGUAAGGAUGGGGAUUCGUUUACAACGUCUAAUAAAUCGUGGGAUUCACCAUCUCAGCCAGUUCCAAAGGAAGGUUCGCUAAGUGUCCCGCCUGCAAAUAAUGAUACCAGUACUCCCAAGGCAGCUCCGGCCACAGCUAAUCUGGAAUCUGGUGGGUCCAAGGGUGCACUGAUAAAAGCAGCACUUGACAAGUUGAAAGAGUCUAAGAAGAGUGGUGAUGAUUCUGAAAGCGUGCCUGUUGAGGCAGAGGCAAAAGAAGAACCUGUAUCCAAAUUGAAAUCUGAGCGUAAGAUGGACGCAAGUGGGGAAAGGAACAAGGAGAGGGAUUGGGCUAGGGACAGGGAAAGGGAGAAGGAGAGGGACAGGGACAGGGACAGGGAAAGGGAGAAGGAUAGACUAAAGGUACGGGACCAUGAUAGGGGAAGGGAUUCUGACAGGGAACGAGAGCGAGAGGACAUUGAAAGGGAAAGAGAGAAAGUCAAGGACAGAGGUCACCGUUCUAAGGACAAAGGAAAGGAUUCAGGAGGGCAUUCAGAUAAAUCGAAGCAUCAUUCAUCUCGAGAUCGUGAAUACCAUGGCUCGUCUUAUUCAAGGGACAAGGAUCGUCACAGACAUCAUUAAUAUUCUUGAAAUCCGAUUUCAAGGUGAGCUUGAUUGAAUCCCGUUUUUUGGCAAAAUUAGUGACUGAAUUCCAAUUUCAAUUGCGCCCACCUUGCAAAGAGCAAAGUUGGCUUGAUCAGUGCGAAGGUUCAAGACUUAACCGAGCCUUAGCAGAACAUUAAUUGUUGUUUUUUUUUCUUUUUUCUUUUUAAGUGCUGCUAUACAUCUACUGAUCUUUAGCAUAGUCUUAUUUCACAGCAUGCAUUGUAUGAUCAUGGAAAUAACUUGCUUGGCUCUUUUUUAUAUUUUAUCUUUUAUAUAAUUUAUUUUAAAUUCAAAUCAAUCACAAGUGUAUCUCAACCCAACAAAAUUGGACAAAUAGUCAAUUACUUGCAACA